AUGGUUCCUGACCGUUCCUGUGGCAGGUAUACGGGCAGGUAUACGGGCUGGUAUAAGGUUCUUGGGGGCGGAGAAGAAAAAAGAGAGCAACAAGAACCGGCUGUCACUGCCAGGACGGGAAUUUCCGAUGCUUGCGCCUUAGACUUAGAACGCUUUGGAACCGUUUUAGUUCCUGCUUCUCCUCCUUCCCCCUGGGUCCCCAGUCCCCCAAUGAUCCCGGAUGCAGGCAGCAUACAGGCAGGAGGGAGGAUAAUCCCCAGUUCCCCAAUAAUCCCCCAAGGCCCAAGGGAUGGCGAGGUUCCACUCCCGCCAAUUGGCCCAACCGGGCGUGCAACCCGGCCAGGGUUUGAGGAGACGAGGGCAGGGUGUUUGCGUGCCGUUGUCUGGCUAUUGCGCGUACGCACUGGUGGGUUUCCUGCACUUGGUUCUGUAUCUGUCCUAUGUGGAAGAGGCACUCUAACCCUCAUCAUUUAUCGUUUGUCGGGUGCCGCGGCUGACAUGCUCUUCCUGGCCGCGAGGAGAACACGGGGGCUGGCUGCUGGGGGUGGGGAUAGCUUCAUGAAUGCUGAGAUGAGACGAGCACAACCAGCGACGGCGACCCGCUCUCCGGCUAAGGUUAGCGGGGUAGCACAGUUAGCCCGUGGAUUAGCACCGAGUCGAUGA